AUGGAUGGUGCAAAUAAUGUGACUGAAUUCAUUCUUUUGGGCCUCACACAGAAUCCCGAAAUGCAGAAAAUAUUUUUUGUGGUAUUUUUACUCAUUUACUUAUUGUCCUUGCUGGGAAACAUGCUGAUUGUCAUCACCAUUGCAACCAGUCACACUCUAAGCUCCCCUAUGUAUGUAUUUCUUUCCUACUUGUCCUUCUUAGAUGGUUGUUAUUCUUCUUCCAUGGGCCCCAAGAUGAUAGUUGAUUCACUCUCUAACAGGAAAACAAUAUCUUUCAAUGCAUGUAUGACCCAGCUUUUUGCAGAACAUUUGUUUGCUGGGGCUGAAGUCAUCCUGUUAAUGGUGAUGGCCUAUGACAGGUAUUUGGCGAUCUGUAAGCCCCUGCAUUACUUGACCAUCAUGAGAAGACCAGUAUGUAUUCUUUUGGUGGGAUUGGCCUGGAUGGGAGGCUUUGUUCAUGCCAUGAUACUGAUUCUAUUCAUCAUCUGGCUACCUUUUUGUGGUCCCAAUGUCAUUGACCAUUUUCUUUGUGAUUUAUUUCCUUUGCUGAAACUUUCUUGUGCUGAUAUACAUCCCUUUGGCCUUUUUGUUGCUGCCAGUAGUGGAAUAAUGUGCAUACUAAUUUUUUUCAUGCUUCUUAUAUCCUACAUCAUCAUACUGAAUUCCUUGAAAACACACAGCUCAGAAGGGCAGCGUAAAGCUCUCUCAACUUGUGUGUCCCACAUUGUAGUGGUCAUUUUGUUCUUUGGGCCAUGUAUGUUUGCAUAUCUACAACCUAUGACCACCUUUUCCAUUGAUAAGGCCAUGGCUGUGUUUUAUACAAUGAUAACCCCUAUGUUAAAUCCCUUAAUCUACACGCUAAGGAAUGAGGAAGUAAAAAACGCCAUGAGAAAAUUAUGGAGCCAAAGAAUGUUUUAGGAUAAGAAAUAAACAGUAUAUUUGGAAGUGGAUAUUAACAUGGAUAUAAUAGUAUAAAAAUGUUGCUGAAAUUUUAUUUCUAAUAGAUGAAGUAAACAUAAUUUCUUUUUUAGUUUUUCACUGAUAGAAUAAUGGAAUGUUUUAGAAAUAGUAAUAUUGCAUUUUAUAAACACACCAGACAAUGAUUGAGGUGAAAUGUGGGAGAUGUGAGUUGAAUAAGAUCACCUUUAGGUAAGUUAUGAACAGGGUUAAGGACUACUUCAAAACAUUAUCCUUGCAAACAAAUAUUUAAAGGAUAAUUCUAUGGUACAGGCCUUUAACAUUUCUUCAGUAAAU